AUGUCGCUCCUGACGCGGCUGCUCUGGCGGCUGCCGCCUCGUAGGGGCCUCGUCUUGGCGGCGGCGGUGGCGGCAAAGCAAGGCCUGAGGCAGGCGAGGCCUCGGCCUAGCGGUGACGGAGCCCGGGCCAAGGGAAGGACCCGCCGAGUGGUAGUGGGCGGAGCCGGCGCCAUAGCUGGCGGCCUGAGCCUAUCAGCCUUUUCCCUUUUCUCCCGAGACACUCAGGAAGAGAAAGAGAAAGAUGCGAAGGAAGAGGAGAACGGUGCGACGGAAGAAGACGCCAUCAUUUUUUUGCUGAAGAAAGCCAAGCUCAACAUCAUGAAAGGAGAAUUGGACGAAGCGGAGAGGAUUCUGCACGAAGCCGCCAGACGCUCGCACCAGUCGGACAACAAGGCGGCCAUAAUCUACACGUACGACACGAUGGCGAAUCUGGCCUUCUUGAGAGGGCAGCUGGAGCACGCAGAAAAACUUUUCAAAGCCGCCAUGAGCUACCUGCUGGCUGGAGACAUGAAGCAAGACGACAACGCCAUCCUUGAGAUGUCCCUGAAGCUGGCCAGUAUCUACGCCGCCCAGAACCAGGACAAGCUGGCCUUGGCCGGCUAUGAAUUCUGCAUCCUGACCCUGGAGGAGAAAAUCGCCAAGCAGAAGGCCCUGCCAGCCGACGCGUUAUCAGAGGAAGAGAGGACGGACACCCGGCUCCUGCUUGGGAUGAGCCUAGACUCCUACGCUCGCUACCUGCUGGUCCACAAGCGGGCGGCCGUGGCCCAGAGGAUGUACGAGCGGGCGCUGCAGAUCUCGGCGGAGGUUCAAGGGGAGGCGCACCCCCAGACUGUGGUGCUGAUGAACGACUUGGCGACGGCUCUGGACGCUCAGGGGCGCUACGAGGAGGCCCACGUGCGGGCCACGAGAGCGUGGGAGCUGGCCCGGCAGACGGAGCACCCGGAGCGCUACGUCGUGUUGAACAACCUCGCCGGGAUCCUGAUGCAUAAAGGCGAUUACGCCCAGGCCAGAGCAGCGUACAACGAAGCCCUGAAGCAGGCGGAGGAGGCCGGCGACGGCGCUUCUGUCCGACACAUUCAGAAAGAGCUGGCCGAACUUGCCAAGAGGAGAAAGCAGGCCAAAUCCGCAGACGAUUUGCCGAAGGGAGGGGAACCUGCUGGCAAGUGAGGGUUCCCGUGUAUAGUGGCCGAAAUUAUUCCGCGAAGGGUUUGGAACUGUGCUCUUUUUGUGCCGCAGUAAAGACGGGUGACUGUUUGGCCGUGGCGCACGGCACUCCGGUGUGCAGCGGGAGCGCACCAAGGUUCUCAAACGGCCUUUGUACUAAAAAAAAGGCCACGCCUGUAGCAAGGAGUUACGGUUCAGAUCCCGGCACCCAAUAAAGCGCAAGACAUCCGCAGCGAAGGGACGACCGCUGUUUUUUUCUCCGGCCGUCUCUCCCCAGAUUAUUUCGAUGCCCAGGCUUGGAGCUUCCUUUGCAAAGGGGGGAACUGGCCACCAUGCUCUGCUGAUUUUUGGGCUGAGGACGGGGCGAGAAAAUUGGGAGGAAAAAUGGAGACUUUGUGCUUACCUGCGAAUUCUCCCAUUAUUUGUUUGCCAUGUAGUGGGGCCGAAAAAGUGGCUGUAACCAGUUGAAACCUGGGAAAGGGACUCUGUCUAGCUCUGUGGUAAAGCAUGUGUUUUGCAUGUGGAAUUCUGCACGUCAAGUCUCCCUGAUACCCCCAGGUAGGGCUCGGGGGUGGGUGGGAAACCUGCCUGAAUCCCGGACAGCCAAUCCCGCCACCAGCUUGGCAAAGAGCAGCCUUUCCCAACCUGCUGCUGUCCGGUUUCGCUGGCCUACAACUGCCGGCGGCCCUCAGCCGGGUGCUUUUCCCCUCUGCCCCAAGGCGCUUGCAUUCUAGAACACCUGGAGACUCCCCAUUUGGGAAGGGCUGGUGGAGAUAAAGCAGCUUCAGGCGUUCUCCUGGGAGGUACGGCAACGGGGAGAAAGGAGGACUUACCACGGCUUGCUCUCGAUAAAACUGCGGUGGAGAGAGCAGUUGGAGUGUUUAUGCUCAUGCCCGCUCACUGCUUUCACGGCUCUUGCUCCCCCUCCCCUUCCAUUUUCCGCCGGUCGGAAACAAAGACAGGGCAAAAGGCAUCAUGGGAGUACUGAUCAAUCCCCUUUUCUUUUAUUUGAUUGGUCUGAAUUGCAGAAGUCACCAUCUUACUCAAGACAUGGGUGUGAACGAAAGAGGAAGGGUUUCAUGACACAUGGGUAUCGAGGUGCUCCCCCACGCCACCCCAAAAUUAAGAGCUUUCCCCCCUUUGUUUUGCGCAGAAUUGUUGAACCGAACAAGAUGGGGUGUGUGUGUGGGGGGGGAACAGUGAUCAAAAAUCAAAUUAUAUAACCUCAAACCUCAUAAAGUUAUUGUGGCUACAAUGAUUGAUACCUUUCCUGCGUGAGAACACGCCGUAAUAAAAGUUUGCUGAACCUCUUGAAA